CGCGCUCGUCGUGUGCGCGCAGCGGAGGCAAAGACUUUCACCGGCUCGGAGGAUGCUGACGAGCGCACACGUUUCUGCGCUCCUUUCGCGGCGCUGCGACCCGCGCGCGGACGUCUGAGACAGUUCCAUCCGGUCGUCGGAUGCUUCCCGCCGGGAGACAUGCGUCUGCUCGCUGUGGCGACUUUUUUGGGAGUCUUGGUGCUCGCAGGAGACGCCCUUCAGAUCCAGUGCUACCAGUGCGAGGAGAUGAAGCACAACGACUGCUCCACACCCGAGUACAUCGUCAACUGCACCGUCAAUGUGCAGGACAUGUGCCAGAAGGAGGUGCUGGUUAGACCUGAUGGUAUUCAUUACCGGAAAUCAUGCGCGUCCUCCGGGGCGUGUCUCAUCGCCUCCUCUGGCUACCAGCAAUUCUGCACCGGGAGGCUGAACUCAGUCUGCAUUUACUGCUGCAACACGCCGCUCUGCAACGGUCCCAAGAAGAAGCGACCCGUUCCCUCUGCGGCAACGCCCCACCCACAGGCGAGCGUUGUUCUCGCCCUUCUUACGCCGCUGCUGUUUCUGAUGUAGACGCUGCAUCUCCUGCACGCCACUUGUUGUUUGGUUUUUAUUAACCGCUGAGAAAGGCAGAGGACUUGUGCACACACUUUCUCAAUCACAUUCUGCUCUUGGAGCGGAACUUCAACACUUUUUGUGGGGUGAACUGUGAAGUCUGUGGGGUUUUGGUCUGCUCAUUACAGUACAGUAGAUCUAGGACCACCAGUGAAUGGCGUAAAUCCACGAGUAAUUGAUACGCCCAUAAAAAAGUCUCUUUUUGACACACGGCUCGCUCCUCCCCCUCCAAACCCUCCGUCUAGCUUGACGUUGAUGUUCUCCUCCGAUUUCGGAGUUGCAAUAAAUACGACUGUUGUAACUGGUAGGUUAGAUUCAUCUCCAGAAGCCUCUCCUUCUCUCCUCAAUAUGCCUCACUCACGCGUUAGACACACUCAAAGCAGGGGCGCGCACGUGUUUUUCCACCGGAGCCACAUACUGAAAAUUGAAAGGAUGCAAGAAUGAAAAUUUCAAGAGUAAAAAAGCCUACUAUUAAUAUCAACUUUGUCAUUCCUUUUUUUUUUUUUUUUUGCAUUUCUCAUGUUAUUAUACAGUAUAUUAUGACUUUAUUCCCAUAACAAUUUGACUUAUUAUUAUUAUUACUAUAACUUUUUUCCCAACCUAAUUUUCCCAAAAAUUCCAACUUUCAUGUGUUUCGUUUGUUUUUCAUAAUAUUACAACUUCAAAAAAAUAACAUGGAUGGAUGGAAUGGCCUUUACUCGUUAUUAUACAGAGGUACUAGUGAAAUUGUGCAAACACCCGUCCGUACGUUACCAACAUACCAUACAAUAUGACGGGGGGUAGACAGGACAGGAUGACUGGGCGAUAAAAGGGGAAGAGGAAAGGGGAGAACAUGACGAGAGGGGAGCAGAAAAAAAAGCAAGUCCAAACUGUGCUCCGAUGGUGGGGGGGGGUAAAAAGUAAAAAAAAAAACCUGGCCAACAUAGGCACAAAUAAGCACACUUUACAACAUAAGAACUAGAGGUGACCAGCCCUCGACAGCAACCCUAAACACACUGCAUUAUUUUUAUUACAUUUUUCAAUCUUUUUAUGAAAUUACUGUAUAUACAGUGGAUGCCCACAUAUUUGCAGAUUUUUGGUCCAAAAAUAUUAGUGGUAUUUUUUUCCCUCCGCAAAUAGAUUGUUUUUCUGCAGCAAACACGUCGUUCGCCCUAAGUCGGUAAGAAUUUACACAUGAUAAUAAAGGUCAAAUGUACAGCACACACGUACCACUCUUAUGUCUUUAUGCUUCACUGGUGUUUUGGUGUCAAGUGUUGAGAUGUCGCACUUUCUUUGAUAGGCCUUGAACACACCAUAGCUGCUGUGAGAACUUCCACACUCCCAUUCCGCCGUCUUGCGUUAUCAUUCAUUAGUGGUGAGUACGUAUUAAAUGUGCUCACCACUAAAUGAGUGAGGUUCUGGAGCUGAAUCUCAUCUAAAAAUGACAACAGUCACUCUUACUGCAAAGGUUGAUAUGAAAUUGGACGUCAAGAAUGUCAACGUCAAGCUAACAGGAGGGUUUGGAGGGGGAGGAGCGAGUCGUGUGUCAAAGGUUUUUAUGGCCGCAGGGGUGUCCCGAUACUGAUGCGAUAUUGACAUUUGAUUCUUAAAUAUCAGCCGAUGCCGGUAUCGUAUCGUUCCGAUAGAAGAGAAAGGAGCUAACCGGUAAGGGUGCAAAAAGGCUACAGCCGAACGGCGCCAGGACAAAGUGGCACGGUCAGAGAAGUGAAAUACCUAGUAGGUUGAAAUGUGAACUUUGAACAAGAGAGAAAUGUGAAAAAGUGUUCAUGCCUGUCUGAGAAAAGUGUAUCAACUGUACGGUGAGGGCUUUUACAGCCUUAAAACAUAUAGAACAUGCAUAAAGCAAAUUUGAUGAAUCACGUCAGGGACCCGUGAAGGAAUUUACCAAAACAUGUUAUACAACCUCAGGUCUUCUUCAGUGCGAAUGGAGUUCACAGAAAGAUUCAUUCUGCAAUAACAUCUGUGAUCAGUUUCAGAUGGGGACACCCCUAGUAUCGAUUACUGAUGAUUGUCACCAUUUCCUGGUGGUCCCAGAGGCUAACCCCUGUGGAAAGCAGGGAUCUACUGUAUAAGUGUGACUUUUGUGUCUCACGGCAACUAUGGUGUGCUCAUAAGCCGCUGAAGGAAGCGCGAAAUCUCAAAAACCUACCUGGAUUAGCACGUAUUUAUUCAUUAUUACCAACUCAUUGGGUGAAUGAGAUGUGUUUUCUGAUGGAAAAACGGCCUAUUUCAGGAGAAAAAAAUUAUUUAGACUUACAGACUUCAUUGAUCCGCAAGGGAAAUUGCUUGGUUAUAGUUGCUCAAUUGCAGAAGAAAAAGAGAAACGCAAUAUUAAUAAGAUCUAAUAAAAUAAAAAGAACAUAAGAUAAAAAAGACUUGCAUAUUUACAAAUAGUGUGUAAAAAUAUAAGUAAACACAAGUAAAUGUAAACUUUGUACAAGAGAGUCCUGUCGCGUUCACUGUGGGAACGGAACUGGAGGAGUCUGUUGGAAAAUGAGCUCCAAAAAUCUGAGAAUUUGCGGGGGGGCCACUGUAUACCGUAUGCCUUAACAGCUGCUUCUAUAAGUUGCAUAGUUUACUGUGUCACACGUGUACACUUUUUAUCAUAAAUGUGCAUCAUCUUUUGGUCGGGAAGGACAAUGUGCACAUGCAGAGCUGGCAAUUAGACAUUCAGAAAGCAUUUAAGUGGUUCUCACAGCUACUUUGUAGCGAGCGAGUGACGGUAACAGAAGGACCAUAAGCACAAUUGAACUCUCACUUGAGAGCUGCUUCAGGGUGUAAUUAGGAUAGGCUUCCAGCGGGCGGACUAGUGCAUGACGCCAUGUUGCAUAACACAGUGGAAUCUGUAUGUCGACGCCGCUUGGUGAUGUAUGUUGAUGUCGACAUAAGCGGGGCCGAUUUCCACUGCAUUACACAAUAAAAUGCUUUCAGUGCUUUGCAGUCUGUGUUUCCUCAGUAGGUUUGCUAAUGAAUCUUUAUUUGUGUAGAAGCUUUCAUGUUAUGAUAUAACGGUCAAAGUGUUCUGUUGAUAUGGGACGUAAAUAAAUACUGCACUGACACGGCACUUUUACUCUAUGUGUUUCUAUGGCAUUUGCAUGCACCUUUUUACAAUUUCCGGGGGGGUUGCGUGCAUUCUGAAAAGUACAGUGGAACCUCAGUCACAGAAGGUCGAACCGAAGCCAAACAUGUCAACACAAAACUCGCUUUUGUAGUUUUACAUGCAGUCAACAAUCCCAAAUGCACAUACAGUGGUGUGAAAAAGUGUUUGCCCCCCCAUUAAAACAACUGAGAUGAAUUGAGAUCUAUCAGUGUGGAAAAGGUUAUAAAGCCAUUUCUAAAGCUUUGGGACUCCAGCCAACCACAGUGAGAGCCAUUAUCCACAAAUAACCAAAACAUGGAACCGUGAUGAACCUCUCCAGGAGUGGCUGGCCAACCAAAAUGACCCCAAGAGCGUAGUGACGACUCAUCCAAGAGGUCAUAAAAGACCCCACAACAACAUCCAAAGAACUGCAGGUCUCACUUGCCUCAGUGAAGGCCAGUGUUCAUGACUCCACCACAAGAAAGUUCCAAGACCAAAACCACUGCUGAACAAAAACAACAUUAAGGCUCGUCUCAAUUUUGCCAGAAAACAUCUUGAUGAUCUCCAAGACCUUUGGGAAAAUACUCUGUGGUCUGGUGUGACAAAAGUUGUAAGUUUUUGGAAGGUGUGUGUCCCAUUACAUCUGGCAUAAAAGUAGCACCGCAUUUCAUCGUAGCAGCAGUAAAAUAUGGCGGUGGCAGUGUGAUGGUCUUCAGGACCUGGAAGACUUGCUGUGAUAAAUGGAAGCAUGAGAAUGUCCGGCCAUCUGUUGGUGACCUCAAGCUGAAAGCAACUUGGGUUCUGCAGCAGGACAAUGAUCCAAAACACACCAGCAAGUCCACCUCUGAAUGGAUGAAGACUUUGGAGUGGUCUAGUCCAAGUCCUGACCUGAAUCCUAUUGAGAUGCUGUGGCAUGACCUUAAAAAGGAAAAGCCUCCAAUGUGGCUGAAUGACAACAAUUGUGUAAAAUUCCUCCCCAGCGCUGGAAGAGACUCAUUGCAAGUUAUCACAAACGCUUGAUUGCAGUUGUUGCUGCUAAGGGGGGCCAACCACUUAUUAGCUUUAGGGGGCAUCACUUUUUCACACAGGGACAUGUAGCUUUGGAUGUUUUUUCUCCCUUAAUAAUAAAAGGUUUCAUUUAAAAACUGCAUGUUGUGUUGAGUUGUGUUGUCAUUGACAGAAUUUCAUUGCAUAGUAUAACUGCCUGUUUUACUAUGACAAUAAAACUCUUGAAUCUUGACUGAUAUUUACAUUUGUUUGAUGACCUGAAACAUUUAAGUGUGACAUACAUGCAA